AUGCUUGCCCUCAUCUCUGCCCCUCGUUUCCCUAGUAUCGCUCAGAAUGAGCCUCAAGACCUAAUGGUCUCGGUUGCACGAGCCAUCAUCCACGCCAUCCCUCUUCACCGUCGUGCCCCCUCCGCCUCACCCUCGGUCGCGUCCACUUCGACGCUCGAGGCCGACGAGCGUACACACCUUCUCACAUCCUCGCUCAAGACGGUACGAAACUAUGGCUCGACCUUGAUCAAGCACAGCCGCAGCGAAAGCAGCAAAGCCGAGCUCAAAGCUACAAUCUCUCGACCCGUCGCCCAGGAGCAGGACUGGUGGAGCGAGGUCGAAGAGCAGGCCGCAAGCCAGCAGGUGGAGCGCCAGGAGGCGGGCGAGGAGAGCAUUGCCAGCCGCUACUCGACGCACUCGUGGGCAGGCCAAACGAUGGACGAGCUGAACCGCGUCGGCGCUUUCGAAUUCGACGAGGCCGUCGGCAGGACGAAGCAGCAGAACAGGGACUCGAUCCAGUCCUUCACCUCGAGCGAGAGGAGCUACGCCUUCUUCUGA